UUCCCAAAAUCCAAUGCCCUAGCUGCAAGCUGCACCAGGCCAUGCAGCACAAACACAUCGACAGGUACAUCAUGUACAUUCAGGAUUGCUUUGACUUCGUCGUUUGAGUUGUGUUGACAUUCGCUCAGUACUGACAGUAAAGCCGGUAGUAGAACAGUUGCAUAGGUGAUUUUUAUUUAUUUCUAAGGAAUCUUCCAAGACGGUCCACAAUGUCGCGACCUGUCGAUAUCAUCAGCAAGGCGGUGGAAGACAAAGCUGAUUCGCUACAAGAACUAAGCGGCAAGAUUUGGUCCCAUCCAGAACUUUGCUAUGAAGAGAAGUUUGCCCAUGACACGUUGACCGAGUUCUUGGAGAAGAAUGGUUUUGAAGUGGAGCGCAAGUACAAAGUGGAUACAGCGUUCAAGGCUGUGUUCCGACAGGGCAGCGGUGGUGCGAAUAUUGGUCUGAUCUGCGAGUACGACGCUCUUCCAGACAUAGGACAUGCCUGUGGACACAACCUUAUCGCUGAAUCAGGUGCUGCGGCUGGUUUGGGAUUGAAAGCCAUGCUGCAGGCAAACACAAGCGUGCCUGGGACUGUUACUGUCUUUGGAACGCCGGCCGAGGAAGGCGGCGGUGGAAAGGUCGUCCUUGUCGACGCCGGUGCGUUUGAAGAGGUCGACAUUUGCCUCAUGGCACAUCCGGGCGCUAUGAACAUGCUGGCUCCGGGGAUGCUCUCAACCAAUCACGGAUCGGCAGUGUUCACGGGUCGUGCCGCUCACGCCGCGGCAGCACCCUGGGCAGGCGUCAACGCACUGGACGCUGCCGUCAAUGCGUACACUUCUCUGUCUAUGCUCCGGCAGCAGCUACAUCCGGACUGGCGCGUGCACGCAAUUAUCACGGAGGGAGGCACGAAGCCAAACAUCAUUCCGGAGAGAACGACAAUGAAGUUUUAUGUGAGAUGCCCGACUGAUAAGGAGGUGGGAGUUUUAAAGGAGAAGGUUACUGCAGUUAUGAAGGCUGCGGCGCUAUCCACUGGCUGUGAUAUUGAAAUCAAGUAUCAAGCCGAAGAUCGAGCUGCGUACUACUCCAACCUGCUGACGAAUAGACCACUGAUUGAACGGUAUUGCACGCACUGGCUGUCGUUUGGCCCGGCCAAUCCAGCCUUAGAAGAUGACCGUUUCGUAGCGUCCUCGGACAUUGGCAACGUGUCCUAUGUGGUUCCUGCCUUUCAGCCGGCAUUUAGCGUUGGAUCAUAUGUUCACGUGCACACACGGCAGUUCACAGGAGCGGCAAACAAGCCAGAGGCACACACGGCUACGCGUUGUGUGUCGAAAGCAAUGGCUGCUGUCGGGUGGGAUGUACUAACUGACGGUGACUUCCGCAAACGGGUAAAGGAGAGUUUCAAACAGCAGGUGGCAAGUAUGUGCGUUUAGAAAUUGCUGUGUAGCCGACUUGUGGUCAACCUCGGCCAAGCUUUUGUUUUGCCAGCCAGCGAGCAACCUCAGCCAAGCUUGCGUUUUGCCAGCCGGUAAGCAACCUCAGCCAAGCAUGCGCACUUUGCAAAGCCGAUAGUGGUUGUGAUUGUGAACAACUGCCAUCGGUUAAAUUUCCAUUGAAGUAUAUUUUGAAUAGGAAUAGAGCUGGAUAUCAGGGGCAGGUGACUGCUUCCACUACUAGAAAAAAGAACUUUGGCAAUUUUUCUCUUUGCUAAUGUGUCUUCCAUAUCAGAUAAUUUCAAAGUGUUCCACCCAAUCAUGCCUUAGGUCAUAAAAAAUUGAAAUUCAUGAACGGCUCUCAAGCCCUAGGCUGUGGCAUGGCAAUGUGAUGCUAUGGCGCUGUAUCCCUGUCCUGACUCAGUGUCUGUAUUUGGUACUCUGGGUCUUGUACUCCCUAUCUUGAUAUGAACCAAUCACGCAUGCUCGGGCGUGCGCGAGCGCACACAAGCACACACACACACACACACACACACACACACACACACACACACACACACACACACACACACACACACACACAUGUCUGCUUCGGACGCCAUUGUAAAAGUUUGAUUUUUGCUAUCAACACCCGUAGCUACUAUUUUUUAGGUGUUAUGCUUUGGUCCUUGAGUUGAGGGUGGCCCAGUGGCUCUCCUACGAAUGCGUAAAGCUCUGUCUAACUAAGUAUAGGGCGGAGUGUGAAUUUUUUUAAUAGUUUUUUUGUGCUUUUCUCACUGACUUGACUGUCUGAGCACUCUGCGGGCCUGGGUUUUAGGCUUGCUUUCGAAGAAUUGAAGAACCGUGUGUAGCCUAGGAGAUGCGGGUGUGCGAGUUGUAAUUUGAUUUAUUUUUCUUAAAAUUAUUUACCGCUUCCGGGUUAUUCCGGCCUCUUCUUUUGUGCUGUGCUGCACAGAUAAACCCACAGAAGACAAACCAGUUCUAUUCAUGGAUUAUUUUAAUUUUUUUGUCCAAAAAACUGCUUUCCGCUCUGUUAUUUAUUGGCUGCAAUCAGUUUUUGUUCACAUUUUUACGUUCAUUAUCAUGCUUUCUCUCGCCCCGCCUGGGCAUCACUCUAUCAGUCAAAAGGAAUGAGUCAGUUGAUCAGUCCGG